AUGGAUGCCCUUCAAGCCCAAUGCAAGGAUGCCGAUAAGUAUCCCUUGAAUAUGUCUUUGGCUGGGCAACCAAAGUAUACAGUCGAUCUCAGACAUAGGAGACUCAGAGACGAUGCAAAUCGUCUAUUCAAAGCAGAUAAAGGGUUCCUUGAGUUUCUCGAAUUUAGUGAAGGGGGAAAAGAGUUCAUCGACUUUCUCUUGAUAUUUGGAAGACAAACGCGGGCCCAGCAUUUUCACUUUUGCGCCUUCAAGCAACGUACCAGACUUGCUUCUUGUAAAGAAGACUUCUCUGCCUACGGUCUUAAGAUCCCGAGUAUUGGCUGGUCAGGCCGUGAUCUACAACUGUGUUACAAUUUGAAGUCGAUGGAGACUUCUUCCCAAGGAGGUUGGCCUUGGUCAGUUCGCGAUUGCGUUAUCAACCAUUCUUUCGAUCUAGAGAAGGUCAGAUGUACCUGGAUCGUGAUCAAGGGCAAUGCUUUAAUACAGGAUCGCAUUCGGACCGCAACUAAAUAUCAGAGUCCAUCGGAGCUUUCUUCAUUUCAGUCAACGGACAGAUCCUUUGCAUCUACUCUGGCAACUCAUUCUAUCAUUGCAAAUUGGGCUGCGGAGAACUGGGACAUUUACAUCACUUUCGUCGAAGCUCGUUUUCACGAGGUCUCGUGUCGGGCUAUAACGAACGAGAUCGAUAUAUCCGGUUCCCCAACAAUUGUAGAAGAAAAUGCAGGCGAUUCUGUUCCCAGAUAUGCGCGAACAGAUACCGGUAGAAGCUCAAAAUCGAUCAUGUCACUCUUUUCUCGCACUUUUCUCAACGUCUUUGAUACUUCGUCAUCUUCUUCAACCGGUCAUGGGGAGAAAAACUCGAAGUCGCAGCCGAUGAGCCACAUGAAAUCCGGUCUACGUCAACCACGUCCUCCAUCGAUCAGCGCUAAGACGAGAAAGGUGGAGUUUGAAACGCGUGGCCAACAAUUUAUAUCUGUCAGCGACUUACAGAUACUGCAUACCCUACAUGAAAGGACCAAUGAGUCGGUUCUGGUCUUGCAGCUGAACAUCAAGAUGAUGUCGUCACUAGUAGAUUUCUAUCGGAACACGCUGCAAUCCCCAUAUUUUCCAGAAUCGAUACUUUCCAACUCUAGAGAUGAUUUUGCCCAUUUCAAGUCUACGCUGCAGGAAGUUCAAUACGAUCUUGAGACACAUAUUCUGAGACUGAAUACACUUGCCGGCUAUAUUGUGGAAUGCAAAACUCUGGUCUGUUUCUCGCGUCGUAUCUCUGUCACAAAGCUGAUCAACAUAGCUGUCUGGCAUCUUGGACCACCAGAAUACGCAAAGUAA